CGGGCUGAGAAAUCCAGGGGCUCUGAGACUAAAUGAGGGUCUUUUCUUGCUGUCCAGAAAAAGGCUGGUGGUACUGAACGUGGACAAAUGCAGAAUGGCUGAGGAGCAAAGGAGGAGAUGCACCCCCUGGGACUGUGUAACAGCAACGAUGAGGAAGACCUGUAUGAGUACGGCUGGGUGGGAGUGGUGAAACUGGAACAGCCCGAGCUGGAGCCGAAGCCCUGCCUCACGGUCCUGGGGAAGGCAAAACGAGCAGUACAGCGAGGAGCCACAGCGGUCAUCUUUGAUGUUUCUGAAAACCCAGAUGCCAUUGAUCAGCUGAACCAGGGCUCAGAGGACCCUCUGAAGAGACCGGUGGUGUACGUGAAGGGUGCUGAUGCUGUCAAGCUAAUGAACAUCGUUAACAAGCAGAAAGUGGCACGAGCAAGGAUUCAGCAUCGCCCCCCACGGCAACCCACCGAGUACUUUGAUAUGGGGAUUUUCCUGGCCUUCUUUGUGGUUGUGUCUCUUGUUUGCCUCAUUCUUCUUGUCAAGAUCAAACUGAAACAGCGACGUAGCCAGAAUUCCAUGAACAGGCUUGCAGUGCAAGCACUGGAAAAAAUGGAGACCAGGAAGUUUAAGUCCAAAAGUAAGGGCCACAGGGAAGGGAGCUGUGGAGCACUGGACACGCUCAGCAGCAGCUCCACCUCGGACUGUGCCAUCUGCCUGGAGAAGUACAUCGACGGGGAGGAGCUGCGGGUCAUUCCCUGCACUCACCGCUUUCACAAGAAGUGUGUGGAUCCGUGGCUGCUGCAGCAUCACACCUGCCCCCACUGCCGCCACAACAUCAUCGAGCAGAAGAAGGGGAGCGCGGGUCCGGUCUGCCUGGACUCCAUCACCCCGGGGCGCAGCCGGCAGCAGAGGGUGAUUCUGCCCGUGCACUACCCCGGCCGGGUGCACCGAGCCAGCCAGAUCACGGCCUAUCCCACCCGCACCAGCAUGGACCCUCACGGAAACCCCAUCACGGUGCUGACGGUUGAGCGACACGGUGAGCAGAGCCUCUACCAGGCCCAGUCCCCAGCCUACAUCCGAAGUUACCAGCCUAUUCACUUGGACCACGCUUUAAACACGCAUCACUGCAGCCUGGAGCACAGGGCUUACUCUCCGGCUCACAACUUCCGAAGGCCCAAAUUUGGGGGACGCAACUUUUCCAAAGCAGCCUGUUUUUCCCAAUACGAGACCAUGUAUCAGCACUACUACUUCCAAGGCCUUAGUUACCCUGAGCAAGAUGGACAGCCUCCCGCUGGCAUUUCCUCAAAGGGUCCUUCCCGUGCCUUCCAGCCUGGUGGCAGCAUGCUCUUCCCUCCCGUGGUACACGUGGUGCCCUCCUCCCGCCUGGAGAGCGGCAGCACCUCCAGCUUUAGCUGCUACCACGGCCAUCGCUCGGUGUGCAGUGGGUAUCUGGCUGACUGCCCCGGCAGCGACAGCAGCAGCAGCAGCUCUGGUCAGUGCCACUGCUCCUCGAGCGAUUCCAUGGUUGACUGCACGGAGGUCAGCAACCAGGGGGUGUACGGGAGCUGCUCCACCUUCCGCAGCUCGCUGAGCAGUGACUAUGACCCCUAUGUUUACCGCAGUAAGAGCCCUUGCCGAGCGGGCGAGGUCGGUGGUGCAAACAGGAGUGCAAUCGUUCUCUUGGAGGGCCCCCACCAGGACGAGCUUCCAGCUCACGCUCACAGCCUGGUGGGUGCCGACUGCCGGCCCGUGCCAGCUUCUUCCUCAGGGGACCAACUGUCCAACUGCAGCAUGGAUAUGAACUAUAGCAGUAAUUCCUCACUAGAGCACAGGGAUCCAAAUGGCACUACCUCAGAGGGAGGACAUGAGGCCACUCCUGGUGCUGCCUUGGAUGUUAAAAGGAACUGGAAGAACCCAGAGACGGUGGGGCCGCUCGUGGAGCAGGCGUGUGCCUGCUGCUUCGAGCUCCAGCACUCUGCCCUGGAGCCCGGCGGCGGCAGCGCUGACUGCGGCGCGCUCUUCCUCAGCUCCCCGCUGUGGGGGACGUGUGGCCCAGGAGUAGAGCCCCAGUCAGGGAACACCCCGGGCUUGUACAGUAUUAACUCAGACCACUUGCAUAGGACAGAUGGGGUCAAAUACGAGGGCUUGCCCUGCUGCUUCUAUGAAGAGAAGCAGGUAGCCUGUAGUAGUACCAGUGGCGGUGGAGGCGGUGGCUGCUAUACAGAAGACUAUGCAGUGAAUGUGCAGUACACGCUUCCCGACGACACCCUGCCCAGCUGCUGUAAGGGUGUGUGUGAUCUGGGUCAACGCAUUCCCAUCAUUCCUGAAGACAGAGACUGUGAGCUGAUCCUACCUGCAGAGUGCCAGGGGAGCCACGCCGGAGGCUGCGGUUCCUGGGACGGGACGCCCGAGCUGGACACGUAUCUGCACUGCCAGGGUGUCCCAGAGGUGCAGGACGAGAGGGAGGGCUGCUACGAGGCAACGUCAUUCCUGCGGCAGAGCUACUCUCAGGAGGAGGAAGCCAGGAUGCUCUUUCCCAGUCCCACUCUGAACUCCCAGAAGCUGAUGACGACCACAAAGGCCACAGGUGCUGGAUCUCAUCCCUUGGAGAGGAGCCAAAUCGGUGACUAGACCUGUCCAGAUGAUCCCGGAUGCAGAAGCGGAGCUUGUCAGAGACUCCAAAUUCUCAUGGACUUAAUUUUUUUUUUUUUUAAGCUUUGACAAACACACAAAAGUGGUAAUGUGGAGAAGUCCCUCCCCUACUUCCUCUUCCUCUGUGUCCACAUCAGCUUGAUUGUCUCCUUUCUCCCUCUUGCCUGAAGCCUUCAGGCCUCCAUUUGUGUGCAAAGCCCACGUGGGACAUGGUGUGGAGCGUUUCUGAGCUCUAGUGCCAUUUCUAUAUUAAUGACAAAGUGUUAUUUAUAUUUUCUUUUUAGAAGUGACCGUGUCGGCUCUCGCUGAGAGGUACCACGGUGUGUUAAAUAAGCCAGGCUAUGUGUAGAUGCUGUUAUCUCCUACUUAAAGGAGUCCAGCCUUCAAUAAGCUCAGGGCUACACCUGCCUUAGAAACCAGAUAGCACCUUGAAAUAGAGUAGUCCAGAGGGAUACAGCUGCUGGCUGGGUGCUGGGAUACCCACUAGCCCUAGUAGCAAGUCCUAGUAGCCAGCAAGUUACCAUGAGCGGUUCCGAGGGAGGUGAAGCGUUGGACUGGCCUUUCUCCUCUCCCCACCUCCCCCUUUCAUGCUGCUCUGAUGAUUUGGCCAGGAAGGGGGCUCCUGCCCCUCUGAUUAGUUUUAACCAGAGUUGGGGGGAGGAAAACUGGGGGCCCAGAAUGUUCUCUCCCUCGCUUCCCGCUAAACCGUGGACCUUGCUGUACCUUCUGACCUUCUGCUGGGGACCCCUCCCUCAAAGCGAUGCUGGAAGGAAGUGCUUUGAAAGGGUGAUACCUUCGUAGGUAACGAACCUCACCUUCCACGGGGGGUUCUCCAGCCCCUGCAGCCCCUGCUCCAGCCGUGGGGAACGCAGGAGACCAGCUGGUGGGACGCCUGCAGCUUGGCUGGGUGGGUUUGGGAACGGGUCAGGGAGUGUCGCUUCCUUUGCAGGCUGCGAGCGUGGCCGAGGGCUGCGGGGCUGUCACCUCCUGUGCGCGGGGAGAGAGAGGGACUUGGUUUAAUGGUCGUUUUCUUCGCCGUGGUUGAUGGAGCCGCCGUCGAUCCAUCGGUUUCAAAGGUUUCUUGGGCCCAGCCAGUUGUGCUUCGUUUGUGUGUUGCGUUACAGAGUGCUGUCUGUACCCCCUUAGCCUGGGCGCACCCUCUUGUCCUUCUUCUUGUACUAGUGAGGACGUUGGUUAUCGCCAGGUAAUCGACGUCGUCACUUCUGAUAGCAAUUGUUUCCUGUGGAAACGGGGGCCUCUGGGUCAGGGGCCGCCAUCGCGUGGUCGGAAUCGCCUGUCAUGCUGCAUGUGCCUGAGGACACGGUGUCAUCCUGCCUGGUGAACCCACAGCAGGAGUUCUCCUAAAGGGAAACUGAAUUAUUUAAUGCCCGCGGUGCCAGUCUGCUGACAAAAAAUUUCGUCCGAAGUUCGGUACGAUUUGGAGAGACUUAAAACAUGGGGAAAAAAAA